ACUCACCUUGUGCAGCUCCAAGACCAAAGCACAGACCAAAUGGCAUGAACAGUUGCUCAGUGUGGUGCACUUGGCUAAUUUAAUUUAAUUUAGGGUAGCUGCUAGCUUUGUCCCAUGUGUGCAAACUGCAUGGUCCUUGGAGAAGCCAAAAAUUGCCCAUUCCAGAUACCAAGCCCGUGCUCACCCCAGUGAAGGAGCCCUAUGCUUUUACAUCCCCCAGAGAAGGGAUGGGAACACCUUCCUUUCAAGUCCUCUCUUUCAUCAGACACCCUUCAGGUGUUUGCAGUAUUCUACCAUUGUCUCACUACCACUAAAGCCAGGUAAUAAUAAGUACAUGAAGGUAUUUGGAGCCCAUUGCUGUUAAUGGAGAUGUGGCUGAUACAGAGUGGGACAGCAGCUAUGUAUCACAGGCUGAGCACCAUCCAAGAUCAGGCAAGAAUUGCCUUGCUGAGAGAAGACCCAGCUGUUUUGUCUUUUCCUUUUCCUUUUAUUUUUGAAGGUGACCUAUGCUAGAGGCUCACUGAGUGGGCCCCAGAGCUGUUGUGACCAUGUGCUGCCACCUUGGAAGAGUCCCCAUCCCCAAGGCAGGUUUGCAGCAGGGAUUGUGCACGUGAUGACUGCCUCGAUGUAAAAGCCUUGUGCUUGAAAAAGUCUUGCAGAAAAGUCUUCUGCCUCUUGUUUCUGUUGAAAUUCAAUCCAUGGAGGACUGUGGCAGUGCUGGAGAGAUCAGACAUGCUGCAGUGUGUGUGGAAACAGUCCUGGAGGGGACAGGGACAAGAGACAGUCCACUCAGGUUUGGGGGGGGGUUUUAUGUUUUUAAACCACUUACUGCUUCCUUUUGCUAAGUCAAGGCUGUAUGGAAGGCUCUCAGGACAUGGGAGGAAAGGGCAUGUCUGCAGCUUUCUCUGUCUGAUGGUGUACAAUCUCCCCCAUAGUAAAUUAUCUUGGAUGUAACAGUGCUGUGACUGCACUUAAUGCUGCAAACAAAUUGUUCUACACCCUAGUUAAUUAUCACAGCAUUAAUCAGGCUGCUAAACAUUAAACACAGCCUGGACAAACCUGGAGCUAAAAAUACGGGUCUGAGUUUAUCUUUCUGACAGGGACAUUCAGAUUUUUAUGGUUAAUAUUUUUUUUAAGGUGGGAAAAUCCUGGGGACCCUUACCUGAGCAAUGAAGUCUGUGUAGAGCACCAUUCCCUCUGCAGUGCAUGAGGGUCCCAGAAUGAAAAUCCCAGUGCCCAGCACUACCUCCCUAUCUCUCACUAUUAAUAGCCUGGCACGCUCCCAAAAUGAGUGGAAUUUCUUACUUUGUUGCAAUUAAGCUUCACUGGUUGUCUUUUCCUUUGCACAUCAGGGAAAUUGGCUGACACUGGCUUCCUCAGUUUUACCUUAUCUACACUGCUACCUCCUCCCUCUUGCCUCCCGAUUUUCUCAUCUGGAGUACCUGUGAGAACCAGGGAACCGAGACAAUCUCGGAACAGCCCACACUGAGGUCCCCACACCUCUUCCAAAACAAAAGGAUUGCCAGGUGCUCUUAAACCAGAUGAAAGAGAUCACAGGAAUUCAGGAUUCAGCAUUCCUGCUUGCCGCUCUAAAGGCUGCUGAUGGAGAUCUCAUGGAAGCAGUCACCUUCCUGACAGAGGACCCCACUCCAGAGCCAGUGCAGAGCCCAGCUGCUGCAGAGCCAUCUGCCUGGGAAGGGAGCGUGGUGGCCAAGCUCCCACAGGAUGUUAGUGCUGUACCUGCCCCUCACAACCAAGACAACCUCUGCACAGACACUGUCAGACCACUGGAAUCACCAAAAGCUCCAGCUGCGGAAAGGGAUGCAGCUGAAAGGUCAGUGGAACUACCACAGGACGCCCAUUCCGCUGAAAACAAAAACCGCUCCAAAAGGAAACGCUGUGAAGUCUGGGGAGAGAACCCCAAACAGAAUGACUGGAGAAGAGCAGACGACUGGCCUGUUGGAAUGAAAAAUAUUGGAAAUACGUGUUGGUUUAGUGCUGUUAUACAGUCUCUGUUUCAGUUGCCAGAAUUCCGGAGGCUGGUCCUUGGGUACUCCCUCCCACAGAAUGUGCUUGAAAGUUGUCAUAGUCACACUGGAAAAAGAAACAUUGCAUUCAUGCAAGAACUUCAGUGUCUGUUUGCAUUGAUGCUGGGGACAUGGCGUAAGUUCGUAGACCCUUCUGCAGCACUGGAACUCUUGAGGGAUGUGUUUAGAUCAGCUGAGCAACCCCAGCAAGAUGUGAGUGAAUUUACACACAAACUGCUGGACUGGCUGGAGGACGCGUUCCAGCUCACUGUGAAUGUCACGAGCCCUGGGGACAAAUCUGAAAACCCAAUGGUGCAGCUCUUCUACGGGACUUUCCUGACUGAGGGUGUCCAUGAGGGCAACAGUUUUUCCAAGAUUGAGACCUUUGGUCAGUAUCCCCUUCAGGUAAAUGGUUACCGGAACCUGAAUGAGUGCUUGGAAGGAGCCAUGGUGGAGGGAGAGAUGGAUGAGGCAGCAGCAGCUCAGUCAGUGAAGUAUGGACAGGAGCGCUGGUUUACAAAACUCCCACCAGUUCUGACCUUUGAACUCUCCCGAUUUGAGUUCAAUCAGUCACUAGGACAGCCAGAGAAAAUUCACACCAAGCUAGAGUUCCCCCAGACUAUGUAUAUGGACAGAUACCUCUACUGCAAUAAAGAUCUUAUUCAGAUGAAGAGAGAGGAAAUGAAGAGAUUGAAGGAGAAAAUGGUGACUCUGCAGCAGAAACUGGAAAGGUACAUGGAAUAUGGCUCUGGCCCAGCCCGUUUCCCACUGCCUGACAUGCUGCAGUAUGUGCUUGAGUUCAUUGCUACAAAGCCAACUGUGGCUGCUUCCUGUGCUCAGAGCUCUCAAACAACACUCCUGCACUCCCAAGCCAAGCCUCGUGUUUUGGACGUGCUUUCACAGCCAGACAGCAUAAAAGAAAGGACCGAUACUAGGACUGAAGACGAAGCUUUCUUUGUGCCAAAUUCUUCACCGCAGCAGAACUCCAGUAUGGAGCUCCAGCCUCCUGUUUCACCAGCAGAACUGUCUGAACAUCCAGCUCCUCACGUGGUCUCUGAGGAAGAGCUGAACCUGGUUCAGACAUGUCUGCAACGAUGGAGAAACGAGAUCGAACAAGACGUGCAAGAUCUGAAGGAGUCUAUUGCUGGAAUCAACCUAUGCAUUGAACAAAUGUACUGUGACCCUCUCCUCCAACAGGUUCCCUAUCAUUUGCAUGCAGUCCUGGUCCAUGAGGGGCAAGCAAAUGCUGGGCACUACUGGGCCUUCAUAUAUGACCAGGCUCGGAAGAGAUGGCUCAAAUACAAUGACAUCUCAGUGACAGAGUCAUCGUGGGAAGAGCUGGAGCGAGAGUCGUUUGGAGGCCUGAGGAAUGCCAGUGCCUACUGCCUGAUGUACAUCAGUGACCAGGUGUCCCGUGUAGGUGCAGAUGGGGAUGAGGGCCCAGAGGCUAGACAGUUCCAGAAGGAAGUGGAAGCUUUGUCCCCAGAACUGAGACACUACAUCCAGGAGGACAACUGGCGCCUGGAGCAGGAGGCAGAGGACUGGGACGAGGAGCAAUCUUGCAAGAUUCCUCAGAUGGAGCCUUCGCCUACUUCUGAAUUGCAGGACCUCUCCUCUGAGUCAGGACCAGAGCAAUCGCCACUGUGUGAGCAGAGUGUGCGCUCCCUGUCCUCGGAGCACGCCAGGAUUGCCAAGGAGCAGACUGCCAAGGCCAUUGCCAACACUGCCGAUGCCUAUGAGAAGAACGGUGUCGAGGCAGCUCUGUGCGAGCGCAAGGAGGUAGAGCCGCUGAAGGCCCAUCCAGGAGAAACAUCCCCCACAGUUCAGGCAGAGCAGCCCCAGGACACUCAGGAAGCAGAGGCUGCUGCCCAAACUAGCUCACAGGUCUCUGAAGUGGAAAUCCCCAGUGUGGGGAAGAUUCCCGUUAGAUCCGAUGCAGAUGGAUAUAAUGAGGAGGUGAUGCUGAGUCCAGCCAUGCAAGGUGUCAUCCUGGCUAUUGCAAAAGCCCGCCAGACCUUUGAUCGUGAUGGGUCUGAAGCAGGGCUUGUUAAGGCAUUCCAUGAGGAGUACUCCCGGCUGUACCUGCUUUCCAAAGAGACCCCAACCCCCCAGAACGACGCCCGCCUGCAGCACGUGCUCAUCUACUUCCUGCAGAACAACGCUCCGCAGCAGGUGGUGGAACGGACCCUCCUCGAGCAGUUUGCAGACAAAAACCUCAGCUAUGAUGAACGGUCCAUCAGCAUCAUGAAAGUGGCACGGGCAAAGCUGAGCGAAAUCGGUCCUGACGAUGUUGACAUGGAGGAGUACAAGAGAUGGCACGAAGACUACAGCCUUUUUCGCAAGGUGUCCAUUUACCUGCUGACAGGGUUGGAACUCUACCAGAAUAGAAAAUACCAAGAGUCACUCACCUACCUGGUCUACGCCUACCAAAGCAACACCAAACUGCUGCUGAAGGGAACCAACCGAGGCGUGAGCGAGUCGCUGAUUGCCUUGUACAGAAGGAAGUGUCUCCUGAAGCUGAAUGAGGUGGCAGCUUCUCUUUUUGUCAGCUGUGAAGAAGCUCAUGUGUCAGAGGGUGUGAGCAUCCUGAAUGAGCUGAUCAUCCCCUGCAUGCAUCUCAUGAACAACUUUGAGAUCUCCAAAGAGGACGUGGAUGCCAUUGAGAUCAUGAGAAACCGCUGGUGCUCCUAUUUGGGACGAGAAGACAUGGAUGCAAAGCUGCAGAUGAAGCUGGGUGAGCUGCUGCCCCGGCUUCUGGACGGCUCCACUGAGGUCAUUGUGCUGAAAGAGCCCCCGAAGAUCCGACCCAACUCCCCUUACGACCUGUGCAGCCGCUUUGCGGCCGUGAUGGAGUCCAUUCACGGGGCCUCGGCCGUGGCGGUGAAGUAGCCCCGGGCCGCUCACCGUGGGGCCUCUGCCCGCCUGCCCGGGGCUGGUGCUGGAGUGGGGGAGGAGAGGGGGCGCUUGGGAUUCCAAGCUGUGUUCUUUGUACAUAUGAGCAGGUAAAAAGCAGUAUUGCACUUGUGAGGCAGAACGUAAGGCAGUAACACAAAGGACCUGGACCACUGUAACAGUGCAAGGCGCAGGCCCUGGCAGCACCGUGGGGCCCAGCCAGGCUCCACAGGUUCUUCUGUCAUGGCAGCCUAGAUGCAGCCCCUGGGCCCACGAUGGCACAGGAGCCCAACUCUCUCAGCACUGUGCACUGUGGCUGGGCUGUCGGGCACUUUCACAGCUCCCUGAAUGGUCUCUGCCAGAGGCUGCGUGCUCCAAUCCAGCCAGACUCCUGCUGAUGGGAGCCUGGGCUGAGUGAGGAGGAGGCAGCAAGGAGCAGUGGCUCACGCUCUGUCGCGUGGGCAGUCAUGCACACAGCUGCGUGUUCUGGUCAAGUCAAGCAGGCUUUUGCCUUUUGUAUUCCAGCUGGCACCAGAAAUCACACAGGAGCCUUCCUUGGAGAGGCACAGGCAAAUCCUGGCAGUGAGGAGCCAGGACGGGGCUGUGGGUUUGUGCCUGGCAGGAGCUCACUGGCUCAGGGCAAUCACAUCACCCCAGAGGAUAUUCUCCUCAUGGCCAAAAGGCAAACUUCCUUCUCCCUUUGGGUGGUGGGUCAGGGCUGGAUUAGUGUCAGUGACAACAUUGAGGGCUCAGAUCAGCUCGUUGUGUUGGUGGUGGGUGUUUGUGUUGACUUUGUUAAAAAAGUGCCCUGUUGGCAUUUCCUUCUGCGGUCGCCCUGUGCAUUUGAGCUGCAGUGGUUGUAAGCCAGAACUUCUGAGUCAGUGGAGGGGGAUCCUGUUUUUUGGAACUAUGCAGAGUUUUCUAACAGUGCAAUAAAAGCAUUUGUUCUAUGUUAGAAUGAAAAA